AUCAAGCACCUCUCUCUCUCUCUCUCAUGGUGGCCUCGAGCGGCGCGAAGGGGGGAGCCCUAGAGGGCGUGGAGGUGGUGGCGAGAAGGCAUCUGUGGAGGUUACCCAAGCCCUUGGAGCAAGCCGGCAUCGUCGGCGUCUUCAGCCUCACACUUCUCCUCUUCUUCCUUCUCUUCUGCUGCGCUUACUUGGACUACUGGUCCUUCAUCCCCAGCGGCGAUGAUGGGGCCAAGGGUUUGGGAUUGAAGAUGGGGAUUGGGAUUGGGAUUGGGAGAGGAGAAAGGGAUGGCGAUGGUGAUGGGUGUGAUUUGAUCGAUGGGGAUUGGGUUUGGGAUGAUAGCUAUCCGCUCUAUGAAUCUAAGGAUUGUGUUUUCUUGGAUGAGGGUUUCAAGUGCGCGGAGAAUGGAAGGCCGGAUCGGUUGUAUUCCAAGUGGCGAUGGCAACCCAAGCACUGCGAUCUCCCCAGAUUUGAUGCCAAAAGGAUGCUGGAGAAAUUACAAAACAAAAGGCUUGUAUUUGUCGGUGACUCCAUUGGGAGGAACCAAUGGGAGUCUCUCCUAUGCAUGCUUUCUUCAGUAAUUAGUGAUAAGAGUUCCAUCUAUGAGAUCAAUGGUAGCCCAAUCACAAAACAUAAGGGCUUCUUGGUGUUCAAGUUCAGAGACUACAACUGCACUGUAGAGUAUUAUAGAGCUCCUUUUCUGGUACUUCAGAGUCGUGCUCCAGUUGGUGCUCCAGACGUGGUGAAAUCUACACUUAAGCUGGACAUUAUGGACUGGACAUCAAAAGAAUGGAAGGGUGCCGAUGUGUUGAUCUUUAACACUGGACAUUGGUGGAACUACGAGAAGACCAUAAGAGGGGGUUGCUAUUUUCAGGAAGGAGCGGAGGUUAAAAUGAAAAUGAGUGCGGAAACUGCUUACCAGAGAUCAAUUGCAACUUUACUUGAUUGGGUUCAUAGAGAAGUUAAUACAAGUAAAACACAGGUCUUUUUCCGCUCGUAUGCCCCCGUUCAUUUCAGAGCUGGUGACUGGAAGACUGGUGGGAGUUGUCACUUGGAGACACUGCCAGAGCUGAAUUCUUCUCCUAUGUCAUUGAAAAAAUGGGACCAUCUUUUAAAACCAUUAAGGAACCUAUCUUUAGGUUCUGAAUUACAAUUACUGAAUGUCACCCAGUUGACAGACAGACGGAAAGACGGACAUAUAUCCCUUUACUAUCUUCAUGCCGGAGGCCCUGCUCCAGUCCACAGGCAGGACUGCAGCCACUGGUGUUUGCCCGGAGUACCUGAUACAUGGAAUGAACUCCUUUACGCUCAUUUCUUGAGAUGGAAACCGAUGAUUCAUAAGAACACAACUUCUUAACCUGCCCGCAAUGAAAAUUUAAUCGACUAAAUGGAACGUUUUCGUUGCUUGGUUCGGCUUGCAUUUAAGUUAUACUGCAGAGAUACACAUUUAUUUGGAGAAUUACUUGAAAGUUCAAAGUUAAGUAUAGCGGUAGGCAUGGUAGAAAGAAAACUGUUCUUGUAAAUACCCAAUUUGUUGAAUGCCAUUAAUUCUACUGGCAAUUGUGAGGUGUAUAUGUUUGAAAUAGAAA